GUUAUAGAGCCUAUUUCCGCCUUUAUUCGGAUUCCGGACCGGGCGGGAAAAACUGGGCCCGGAUUAACGGUGCGUAUUAAGCAGGACACUUCGCGGUGAAUGCUGCGCAACUGACAUUCAAGGAAAGGCCAGAAUCGUCCCAUCGCAUUCGCAUCAGGGUCAUCCUCCUCACACGGUCACACCCGCUCAAAUUUGACCGUUAACUCUGCAAUUUCUUCUUCUUCUUAUUUUUCCCUAUCCCUCGAAUCAGAUAUCUGUGCAAAACUCGUAGAUCCUCAGCAAUCAAGUUUAAUGUGAGGGCCUCGAUCGAGCGCUCUUAAUCAUCGCCGACUCAAGAAUACUGUCUCCGAUUCAUGGCGGCGAAGGAUUCCGUGCCGUUAGGGGUUCCGUACAAGAACCUUAAGAUAGUGGCGGAAGUGGAAAUGGUGGAAGCGGACGAGUCCCCCUCCCCCAACCACCUGAUAGACCUUAAUUCUCCUCCUUCUUCUUCGGCUUCUCCUCCUCCCAGAGAUAAUCACAGUAGCUUGAUGACUGUGAUUCUCAGUUGUACGAUCGCCGCUGGGGUCCAAUUCGGCUGGGCCUUACAGCUCUCGCUUUUAACUCCUUACAUUCAGACGCUUGGAAUAGAACAUGCAUUUUCUUCUUUCAUUUGGCUAUGUGGUCCAAUCACAGGUCUUGUGGUUCAACCGUGUGUUGGUAUUUGGAGUGAUAGAUGCACUUCUAAAUAUGGAAGAAGAAGGCCGUUUAUUCUUAUAGGAUCUCUCAUGAUUUCAGCAGCAGUGAUAUUAAUCGGGUUUUCUGCAGACAUUGGAUAUUUAUUAGGUGAUACGAAGGAGCAUUGCAGCACAUACAAAGGUACCCGAAUGAGGGCAGCUAUUGUAUUUAUUAUUGGUUUUUGGAUGCUAGAUCUUGCCAACAAUACAGUGCAGGGACCAGCUCGUGCACUUCUGGCUGAUUUAUCAGGCCCUGAUCAACGUAAUUCAUCAAAUGCUGUAUUCUGCUCAUGGAUGGCUGUUGGAAACAUCCUGGGAUUCUCUGCUGGUGCUAGUGGAAAUUGGCACAGAUGGUUUCCAUUUCUGACAAGUAAAGCUUGCUGUGAAGCCUGUGCAAAUCUCAAAGCAACAUUUCUUGUUGCGGUGGUUUUCCUGACACUUUGCUCACUUGUGACUCUUUAUUUUGCGAAGGAGGUUCCCCUUAGUGUGAAUCGUCCCCACCGUCUAUCUGAUACUCUGCCUUUGUUGGAUGACAUACAACAAAAUGGUCUGGACAUGUCAAAGUCAAAGUCUUCUCUGCCAAUUGCUAACAAUGGGAGAGAUAACAACACUGCAGGUGAUUAUGAAAGGGAUAUAAACCUAACACAGUUAAACUCUAAAGUUGAGGAUCAUCACAAUGAAAGCUUUAGUGAUGGCCCUGGAGCUGUGUUUGUCAAUCUGUUGACCAGUUUAAGGCAUUUACCGCUUGCGAUGCAUUCAGUGCUUAUUGUUAUGGCUCUAACUUGGUGGUCCUGGUUCCCCUUCUUUCUUUUUGAUACUGAUUGGAUGGGGAGGGAAGUUUAUCAUGGAGAUCCAAAAGGAGAUCUUUCUGAUGUACAGAGGUAUAACCAAGGUGUAAGAGAAGGUGCAUUCGGUUUGCUAUUGAAUUCAGUUGUUCUUGGCAUCAGUUCUUUCCUUAUUGAACCCAUGUGUCAGUGGAUGGGUGCAAGGCUGGUAUGGGCGAUGAGCAAUUUUGUUGUAUUUGCCUGCAUGGCAGGCACAGCUAUCAUUAGUUUGGUAUCCAUCCGGGAAUAUCCUGAAGGGAUUCAACAUGUAAUUGGUGGGAGUGCAGCAAUCAGGAUUGCUGCCUUGGUUUUAUUUGCUCUUCUUGGCUUUCCUCUUGCUAUUACCUACAGUGUUCCAUUUUCUGUCACAGCAGAGCUGACUGCUGAUUCAGGUGGCGGCCAAGGGAUGGCUAUAGGAGUUCUGAAUCUUGCAAUAGUUGUUCCCCAGAUGAUCGUAUCACUUGGCGCGGGUCCAUGGGAUGCUUUAUUUGGAGGAGGAAACAUUCCUGCUUUUGUUUUGGCUUCCGUCUCUGGCUUUGCAGCUGGUGUUAUUGCAAUUCGCAGACUGCCAAAUCUUUCCAGCAGCUCUUACAAGUCGUCCGGUUUCCAUUUGGGAUAAUGACUGAUGGGCAUCAUCAAGCGGUUCAGGUAGGGGAAUAAUGCUUGUGGGUGUUGCCCACUGUUGCAUCAACCCACUUUAUGAAGGACUUUUUCUUGGUUAGCUGGUCUAUCGAGAAACCUCGAAACUUUGUACCAUUUAUUUGGUUCAUUCUUUUAUACUCUUGUAGCAGGAUUUAAUGUAAAUCAUGGGCUACUUUGGUCAUUUCACUCGUCAACUUAUUGUGAAAUGACCAAAAUAUUCCAUGAUUUACACUUGCCCUCCUUUUUAAAGACCCUAUGCGGUGACAGUGAUCGGUGUUUCUGUUAAAUUGCCAGACAGCAACAACGGGGAAGAGAGAGAAAGAAAGUUGUAGGUAAACAUGAUGUAAAUUCUACUCGGCAGUCUUACACUACAUACAUGUUCAUUUGGGUCUUUAUUUUUUCUUCCUCAAUAAGCGUGUGGUAUAAGACUGUUGAGUAGAAUUUUUCAUUCCAAUAAAUGUUGGUUGAAUGUGCUA